AUGUUCUCCACGCGGUUCCUGUGCCAGCACUGCCAACAGCCCCUGAAGCUCAGACAGAGCUCGGGGACGGUCUGCUCGGCGCAGGAGGAGCCAGGAGGCACCGAGGCAGACAGUGGCAGCUCCACCGAGCCGGAAGCUAGUGGAGGGCCCCCGGCAGGUGCCCCCAGCAGCCCCCGUGAGCCCACGGACGGUAGGAUGAUGCAGCCAAGUGCAGCCCACUUCACGCUGGUGGGCAGGUUCCCCUCCAAGAAAACUCUGGGCCACAUCCAGAAGACCCAUGCCCACAUUUUCGACGUCAUCUCCGACCUGGAGGGCGUGGACCGUGCCCUGUGUACGGAGUGCACCGACUGCCUCCUGGAGCAGCUGGACAGGCAGCUGGCACAGGCCCAACUCGACUGCCAGACCUACAGGCGCUGCCUGGAGCUCGGGCCACAGGGGAGCGAGGCCGAGGGGGCGGCCCUGCAGUCCGAGCUGUGGGGCCUGAUGCUGGAGGAGGCCAGGCUGGUCCGGGAGCUGGGGAACCUGGACCGGAGCCACGCCAAGGUCGCGGCCCACCUGACCAUAGCCCAGGCCGAGAAUGCCGAGCUGACCCAGCAGGACGCGCAGCACGUGAGGGACCUCAGGGCCUUGCAGUGGCAGCAGCAGGAGCUAUCGGACCAGCUGAGCAGCCUGGGCAACCAGCUGAGCUAUGCCCAGCUGCAGACGCGGGCGCUGAGGGCCACCGACAUCUUCAAAGCCACCUUUGAGAUCUCGGAGGACGGGCCCUUGGGCGUCAUCAACGGCUUCAGGUUGGGCCGCCUUCCCGGAGUCCCCGUGGGCUGGGGCGAGAUCAACGCGGCCUGGGGACAGGCGGCUCUGCUGCUGCUGGCCCUGUCCAAAGCCGUCGGGCUGCAGUUCCAGCGGUACCGCCUGGUGGCCUGCGGGAGCCGCUCCUACCUGAAGUCCCUGACAGGCGAUGGCGAGGAGCUGCCCUUGGCCUCUGAAGGGAGGGACAACGUCUUCCUGGACAACAAGUUCGACCGCGCCAUGCUGGCCUUCCUGGAUUGCCUGCAGCAGUUCCAGCAGGAGGCCGGGCGCUCCGGGCUGCGCGUGCCCUACACGGUGCACGCGCAGGGGGGGCUGCUGGGGGACGGCGUGGGCCCCACGGGGCCCUACUCGGUGCGCACGCACCUCAACACGGAGGAGCAGUGGACCGCGGCGCUCAGGCGCAUGCUCAGCAACCUGAAGUCCUGCCUGGCCUGGGCCUCCCAAAGGUACUGUCCCAAGUGA